UGAGUUGCAAGGUGUUAGGUUUGAUGAUAAAAGCCCAAGUAUGGGAAAACUGGAUUUAUCAAGUGUUGUUUUAUGGAAAUGACAGAAAGGACGAAACCGGGACGUUCGGACGAAUUUCCUCAAAAAGACCGUCAGCGAACUUUACAAAGCGGACCAAAUGUGAACGGACCACAUUAGUCAGCGAACGUCCUGGGACCUAAACAGACUUUCGCAACAUCCGGGGGACUUCCCCUGUUUGUGUUGGUUUGCCGUCAGCCAAUCGCUGCGCUGUUGAUCGUGAUUUCCAGUAUCUAUAUAUCUGCCCUUUUUGGAAGAAAAGAGAAACCGAGUAAUCCUAGACAAUUUAAUGCAGAUAUUUUAAUCUAUUACCCUAGAAGGCAGCUAUCGGGAUUAGAAGAUCCGGCAUAUUUCAAAUCAUCUCAGAUGUAUUAAUAAAGUCACAAAGAACGGACACCUGGGCUGAAGUAAAGCCUUUUUGGAGGAGACGGCAUAAUUCAAUUUAGGGUUCAGGAGUCGCUGUUCUUCUAAACUCUAGUGCUAUGGACUUAAGAAAGGUGAUUGUCUUGUUAUGGAUGUUGCUGUCCUCCAUCUCCACCGGAAUCAGACUAGAAGAAAACGGUUACGUUGACAUAGUAAUCGCAAUUGGUUCGAAAGUUCCACAGGAUGACAGACUUAUUGAUAAAAUCAAGGAGAUGGUCACUGAAGGGUCAGUUUAUCUUUAUGAAGCAUUGGAUAAAAAGGUCUAUUUCAAAGAAGCUACAAUACUAGUCCCAUCCUACUGGAGCAGUACAGACUUUUUGAAAGCAAGAACAGAGUCCUUUGAAAAGGCCAAUAUAAGAAUUGAUAAUUCAGCUCGUGGUGAUGGACCAUACACUAAACAGUACGAUAAAUGUGGAGCUGAGGGUCAGUACAUUCUUUUCACCCCGGAAUACUUCUUGAAUGACAUAGCCAUCCAGCAUUACGGACCAAGAGGAAAAGUUUUAUUGCAUGAAUGGGCUCAUCUGAGAUGGGGUGUGUAUGAUGAAUACGGCCAAGAAAAGCUAUUCUACUAUUCUAAUCAUCACAUUGAAGCUACAAGGUGUAACAAAAGCAUUGAGGGCCAGUAUUAUGAGGUCACUGCUGGACGAUUUCUUCAGCCGUGCCGUAUAGAUCAAAAAACCUCACUACCUACAGAGAAGUAUGUUUUUCCAAACAUAAAUCAGACCACAGACAUCUCUUUAAUGUUCCUGCCAGGUCUCAGUUCUGUAAGCACAUUUUGUCGUGAAAACGAGCACAACUAUGAAGCGCCAAACAUGCAGAAUGAAAAAUGUGGCAAAGCAACGUGGACUGUAAUAUUUGAGGAUUCUGUGGAUAAAGAUGCCCGUUCUCUGAAACCACUGCAGUCCCCUCCACCACCACCGUCUUUUAAAGUUGUGCAGCGAAUGCAACGGGUUGUUUGCCUCAUCCUUGAUGUCUCAGGAAGCAUGAAAGAUUCUUCAAGAAUUCUUCAACAGCAACAGGCUGCCGCACUUCUGAAGAAAAUUAUUGAGGAUCAAGCCAGGGUUGGAAUUGUAAUGUUUAGUACUGAUGCUUCUACUCUGAGUCCCUUGACUACUAUUGACAGUGACACCACAAGAGAGAGUCUUAUCAAAUUGUUGCCAAAAGUAGCAGAUGGAUGGACAUACAUGUGUAAAGCCCUUGAUCUAAGCUUACAGGUACUUCGAGCAGACGAUGGAGAUGCAUUAGGAGAUGAAAUAAUUUUUCUGACAGAUGGUCAGGCAACAGACGACAUUACUCUUUGUGUUCCAUCCGCAAUACAAAGCGGUGCCAUUAUAAGCACAUUAGCUUUUAGCACAAGUGCAGCUCAUGCGCUGAUAGAAAUGGCGAACAAAACUGGAGGAAAAUAUUUAUAUGCCAGUGAUGAUUUGACAUCCAACCAGUUAAUGGACGCAUUUGCUUCGCUUACAUUAUCAACUGGAGAUUACGCAAAUGAACCAGUGCAGCUAGAGAGUGCUGGAGCACGAACAUCUGAUUGGUUCAAUGGGACAGUAUCAGUGGAUCAGACUGUUGGGAACAAAACCAGCUUUGUAAUCAUUUAUGAAACCAGAUUUCCUAGCAUUUACAUACAGUCACCAAGUGGAUCAGUAUACACUGAGAUCAAUAUGAGUCAUGAUCGAUCACUAAAAACAGUCACCUUAAAUGUUCCUGGAACUGCAGAGCCUGGUGACUGGAAGUACAGUGUACAAACUACAGCAAAUCAGGCUUUGACUAUAACAGUAACAAGUCAAGCAUCACGUGAAGAGGUUCCUCCUAUAACUGUCAAAAGCCACGUGAACCAGAUGUUCAAUGACGGCUCUAAACCCAUGAUAGUGUUUGCUGAGGUUAGUCAAGAUUACAGAUCUAUUAUAAAUGCUGAUGUUUGGGCUACAUUGGAGUCAGAAACUGGGUCAACGCAUACAUUACAACUCCUGGACAACGGAGCAGGAGCUGAUGCUUCACAAGGCGAUGGAGUCUAUUCCAGAUAUUUUACACAGAUUGUAAAUGGAAGAAACUCCUUAAAAGUAAGAGUGAAGAGUCAAGAUAACCAAACUAGAUUUGCCGUCCGAGAAAAUAGUGGUUCCCCUUACGUACCUGGAUAUGUGGUAAAUGGUGUAGUGCAGCUGAACCCUUCAAAGCCUGCAGUUUCUGAAGAAACACUUGAGGUUGGAAGCUUCACCAGAACAACCACCGGAGAGAGUUUUGAGGUUGUUCUUAAAAGCACAACUCCACCAAAUUUCCCUCCGAACAGAAUCACAGAUCUGAGCGCUGAGAUCCAGGAGGACACUGUGCUUCUCAGCUGGACAGCUCCUGGUGAGGACCUCGACCAAGGGACAGCUAAAUCCUAUAAGAUCAGGUGGAGCUUUGACCUUGAUGCUCGAAACAACUUUAGCAAUGGUCAUGAAGUCAACACAACUGCCGUCUCACCUCAGGAGGCUGGAUCAGUUGAACAACAUUCAUUCUAUCUCAAUAUUAAAAUCCAAAAUGGCACCACACUCUUCUUUGCAGUUCAGUCAGAUGAUGAACAAAAUGCAAAAUCUGAAAUCUCCAACAUUGCUCAAGCUUCAAAGAUCCUCCUUGCUCCAAAACCACAAGAAAUAUCAAACAAUAAUAAGACAGUUCUUGUUAUUUUUCUGUUUGUGGUAACUAUUGUCAUAUGCUUUGUUGUUGCUCUCUUCACAUGGGCAGUGAAAAGAAGAAAAACUAUUUACUAAAGCAUCAGCUGAUGCAAACAUAGCAUUAAUCAACGCUUAUUCCUGAACUGAAUGUAACUAUGCACAUAUGCAAAAACAAAACAAAAACAAAAAGCUUGGAUCAAACUUGCAUUGUGAUGAUUAAAGCACUGCUUGGUUAAAUGUUAAAUAUAUAUUAGGGGAAAAAUGCUAUAUGCUAUGUAGAAGUUCCAAGAAAAAGAGGUUAAGAUUAAUUUUAUAGCUUUUUUUAAUUGCUGUGUUUUACCUUAAAAGAAUAUUUCACCAAAACAUUUAUAUUAGACUCACCCCCAAUCUAUUCUAGUCCUAGAUAUAUAUUACUUUCUUUUGAGUUUUUUUUUUUUUUUAAAUGUAUCCUGGCUUUUCCAAGCUUGGUAAUAUUGGUGGAAUAGUGGCUAUUAUUUUGAAGCUUAAAGCUGCAGUCCGUAAAUUUGAAAACCUGGUAUUGCAGUUCCUUUUGGAAUUAUAUUUCAUGUGUGCGUUCUAUUGUGACUUGGCUCCAGUGCAUAUUAAAGUUUUUAGGUUAA